AUGAUCAUGAAAAUGCUGAACAAAACAGACCUGACACCAGCGUCCUUCCUUCUCACUGGGAUCCCAGGACUGGAGGACCUGCACCUCUGGAUUUCCUUCCCUUUCUGCUCCAUGUAUGUUGUGGCUGUGGUGGGGAACUGCGGGCUCCUCUACCUCAUCCGCUGUGAGGACUCCCUGCACAGGCCCAUGUAUUACUUCUUGGCCAUGCUCUCCCUCACCGACCUUGUCAUGUGCUCCAGUACCAUCCCUAAAGCCCUCUGCAUCUUCUGGUUCCAUCUCAAGGAAAUCAGCUUUGAAGAAUGCCUGGUCCAGAUGUUCUUCAUUCACACCUUCACGGGGAUGGAGUCCGGGGUGCUCAUGCUCAUGGCCCUGGACCGCUAUGUGGCCAUCUGCUACCCUCUGCGCUACGCCACCAUCCUCACCCAUCCCGUCAUCGCCAAGGCUGGGCUUGCCACUUUCUUGAGAGGUGUGUUGCUUGUCAUUCCCUUGACUUUCAUCAUCAAGCGACUACCCUAUUGCAGAGGAAAUAUCAUACACCACACCUACUGUGACCACAUGUCUGUGGCCAAGUUAUCCUGCGGCAGCAUCAAAGUCAAUGUCAUCUAUGGCCUGACGGUGGCCCUCCUGAUCGGGGGCUUCGACAUCCUGUGCAUCACCGCCUCCUACACCAUGAUCCUCCGGGCGGUGGUCAGCCUGUCCCCGGCAGAAGCUCGGCAGAAGGCCUUCAGCACCUGCACGGCCCACAUCUGUGCCAUCGUCUUCUCCUACAGCCCAGCUUUCUUCUGCUUCUUUUUUAAUUGCUUUGGGAGCCACACAAUCCCUCCAUCGUGUCACAUCAUCGUGGCCAAUAUCUACCUGCUCUUGCCUCCAACUAUGAAUCCUGUUGUCUAUGGGGUGAAAACCAAGCAGAUACGAGACUGUGUCAUAAGGAUCCUUUCACGUUCUAAGGAUACAAAAUCCCAUAGCAUAUAA